UUGAUGUUUUGUUUCAGGGUCUGCUGGACGCGGUGAACUCUGCUUUGCUCUCGAGUCGUUUAACGUUCGCGUGAGCGGCGCAGUCGGUCCCCCUUGAUACACAUUUGCCUGGUUCGGUUCCUCUGCUCACCGGCAUCGUGCCUCUCCCGGCGUCUCAACCGGGAAGCGCGACUCCGAGCCGUGCCAUGAUGGAGGACUUCGACGAGAUCUACGAAGAAGAGGAGGAGGAAGAGGAGGACGAGGACAGGGCCGCGGAGGAACAGCUGCUGAAGUACGCACCGGACCCGGUGGUGGUGCGGGGGUCUGGCCACGUCACUGUGUUUGGACUAAGUAAUAAAUUCGAGUCAGAGUUCCCUUCAGCUCUGACAGGAAAGGUGGCUCCAGAAGAGUUCAAAGCCAGUAUCACGCGUGUGAACGGCUGCCUAAGAAAGACGCUGCCGGUGAACGUGCGGUGGCUGCUGUGUGGCUGCCUGUGCUGCUGUUGCACCCUGGGCUUCAGUUUGUGGCCCGUCAUCUGCCUUAGCAAGAGGACAAGAAGAUCGCUAGAAAAGCUUCUUGAGUGGGAGAACAGCCGACUGUACCACAAGUUGUGUUUGCACUGGAAACUAAGCAAAAGAAAGUGUGAAACCAACAACAUGAUGGAAUAUGUGAUCCUAAUAGAGUUUCUACCUAAGAUCCCUAUCUUCAGACCGGACUAGUCGGCCGUGGUCUGAUUCCCAACCUCUGCUGCUGCACAGCUCCGUCAGAGCCACUCCAGCUGUCAGGCUCCCAACUUACUACCCUUCCUGGAAUAUUUCUUAUGUUUACAGGGUAGCAUCAGUCCUCACCCUCUUCUAAUAAACCCUUGUUUACAAAUCCCACCUGUUCCCGAGGUUCCCCUGCUUGAGCCGUGAUGCUGACUGGAAACUUGUGCUUGGCCUGGGAACCUGAAACGGCUCCGGGAUGCUCCAAUGGGAAUCUCAUCACUCGUUUCUUACCAACCUAAAGCACAUGAGACACUUGUGCCCGUAUGUCCUCAGACCUCACCCUCCAGUGCACUCCCUCAUGCUUGUGUCCCACUUGGCUUGGACUCCGACGGGCACCAAAGGAACCUGCUCUGAAGUCAGCCUGUUUGCAGAAAGACGAAAGCCUCUGGAACAUCAACCAAACCGGUCGUCCUGACCACAUUUUUGGGGCCCUAUCACCCUACUCUGGUGACAAUCACACAGCCUGGCUGCACUCUGGGUCCAGCUGGACACUUCAUGAGUUGGUCCUGAUCCCUUUUGCUUUGUGGCCAGUCAGAGAAGAAAUUUCAUUUUGACUUCUUUGUUCUCCCAAAUUCAGAUUUCUUUGGUGAAGGACUCGCUGUUAAUAUUGUUUGUGUGUGUGUUUUUUGUUUUUUUUGUUACUGUACAUCAGCCUUCUUCUUUCUUAUGUUUGCCAUUUUUUAUUUAUAUGUCCACAUUAAACAGUGUCUUAUAGUUGAACCAAAAACCCAUGC